UUGCGGGUGCGCAGCACUUUCUUGCGGCCCUGAGCGCCCGCCUGGGUCCCGGCCUAAUAGUAAAGAGCUCAUAGCAACUCUGGCGUCUGUUAGCUCUGUCCGAGCCGUCUAGGUGGAAGCAAAGUUGAGGCCCAGGCAAGGAAGGGAUGAAUAGGUCGGACGGCGGGCGGAACUGUGGACUGAAGCUGGAGCUGUCUUUUCUUCCUGUGUAGGGAGAUGUACCUAUCUCCCUACCCUCCGGGCCAGAUCAGAUCCUGGAGGCCCAAGGAAGAUGAGCUCGGACAAAUCUAGGGUUGGGUAUAGACCCAUUUCCCCCAAAAGCCUGACAUAUCCAAGCGCAUGUGGCAUACACAAAUCCCUCUUAGGCAGAAGGGUCCUAGGCAAAUGGGCACCAUCCAGGGGAAUAAUAGCGAAGAUCCCAUGGUCAGAAGGGGGGUGGUCUGAGACUCCGAUUUUGCAAGCACUCAGCCCUCCUAGACUUCAAGGCACCUUGGUCAAAUUCAGCAGCACUUGUUUCCCAAUCUACCCUGUCCAAUCCUCUUUCCACAUUUAGCUGAAAGCUUCUUCCAAAUCAGUUAUCUGUCCAGAGCAGUUCACUCUCCUGUUCAUAAGUCUUGCUGGUUCUCCACUAACCUCAGGGAAAAGCUCAGAUGUAUUAUUGAGAUAUGUAGGCCCAGCGCCAGCCUCAGUCUUCCCAGUUAGGUCCUCAAUGGUUCCCCUCUCACCCCUGCUCUGGCCAUACUGGCACUUGGGGUCUCCAGUGUGAGGCUCACUCCCUACAUCACUCUCGAGAAGCCCUCCAGCACACUCUGGGCAGGAGCCUGGCUCCCAAAUCCAGCCCCAGACCUUAAAGCCACCUCAGCCCUGCCAAACCUACAGCCUGCCUUCCUGAGGCAGUUGUAGCAGGACGAAGGUCCCAGUUCACUAGCGCCACAGGCCCAGCUUCUGCUGAAGAUAUUUUUGUCACUCAAUACAUCUCCUCCUCCACAAGGCCUGCAUCCGGCUGGCUGGGGCAUGACCCCUAACGUGUUCCCUGUGGAUCAUUAGAACAAACUCUGGCCAUCUGUGCACGCUUGGCCCAAGCUGGCCCUGUCAGCCCCUUCCCUGAGACCGUAAUUCAGGACCUGAAAGAAACCAUGCUUUCUACUUGAAUACGCACUGCCUAAAGCCAGUCUUCAAAGAAGAAAAACACAGUGCAGGGACUGAGGAUACAGUUCAGCAGUAGAGCACUUGCCCAGCAUGCCCAUGGCCCUGGGUUCCUCCUCCAGAACCACAAAAAAACCCACAAUACAUAGACAGCACACAUCUGGGCUCCCAACCCUGCAGUCAAGAUCCUGUUCCUGAGUUCACCUGAAUUUUCUACUGCCAACUAAAACGGCCCUAAGAGAAUGAGGCCCUGCAGAGACAAGAAGUGGCCCCUGUCCAGUGAGGGUUACCACCACCUUCUGGAGGAAGAAACAGUGCAGAGAAAGAAUUACAAGCUCAGGGCUGGGCAGAGAGCUUCAGAACUGAGUCACAAUUAGGUGGGACUCCAUAUGGGAUGCUUGUGUCUCUUAGAGCUGAGCACACAGGGGACCUCUGAGGAGCUGUAGAUCCCUGAGUGAGAGCCUUUUCAGCACUGAGAGUGGAAGGCAGAACCUCUAGCCAGAGGACAGCAGAUAACCCAAAGCAGUUUGGGGGAAGAAUCAGACUGGUUUUGUGGGGCAGCUGAGGCAGGACCAUGGAUGCCCAAAUUGCUGCCCUUGCCUGGCCAGGAAAGGACGAUGAGUCUAGGGAGUUUCUGGGUGGGGUGGGGUACAGAAGCACAGGCAGUUCGAGGACUGAGGUCAUAAUGAGUCUGAUUCAAGUUCUUUCUUCUUUGACCAUCCCCUUCCACCUCCACAACCAGGAACCUCUUCAGCCACAUCAUGUGAGAAGUACCAGGGGACUGCCGGGACUUAAGCCACAUCAGGUGGAAUCUGCGUGCGGGAACCGCCGACCCCGCCGGCUUCCCUCGCUGGGCCACAUCGCGGGAGUGGUGGACCAGGGCUCGGGCAUCACCAAGGCGGGCUUCGCAGGCGAGGACCAGACGCGCAUAGUGCUCAAGAGCUCCAGCCUGGUGCCCAGAUGGGACCGGCCUGUGCUUCCAGGUGCGCAGGGCUGCGAGCCGGCGGGCGGCAUGGCGCGUGCACACCCCGUCAAGCACGGAGUGGUGGUGGACUGGGAAGGGCUGGAGGGGCUGUGGGAGCGCCUGCUGGUGGGGGUCCUGCGGGUGUGCCCAGAACAGUGGCCUGUGCUGGUGAGCAACUCGCCUUCGGCGCCGCCCAAGGGCUGCGAGAAGGUGGCAGAGCUGCUGUUCGAGGCCUUGGCUGUGCCUGCGUGCCACGUGGCCAGCACCGCGCUGCUGGCGCUCUGCUCGGCCGGUGCGCUCAGCGGGCUGGCGGUGGAGGCGGGCGCGGGCAUGUGUCACACCACGCCUAUCAACGCCGGGCAUUCGUGGCUCAAGGCCACCUUCCGGAUGGACGUGGCAGGCAGCACCCUAUUGCGCUACUUUCGAGAGCUACUGGUGGCUGCGUGUCCCGACCUCCAACUGCAGGGCUUGCCGCGCAAGACCGUCACACAGCUCAAGAAGCGCUACUGCUACGUGUCGCUGGACUUCGAGGGCGACCUCCUUGACCCUGCCCGCCACCAUCCGGCCAGUUUCCGCAUGGGCAGUGGGAGCUCUGUGUCCCUCGGCAGUGAGCGCUUCCGCCGCCCGGAACCCACCUUCCAGCCGGGUCUGCUAGGCCAGGCUGAGCCAGGACUGCCCACGCUGGCCUUCCGGGCACUGCAGAAGAUUCCCCUGACGUUGCGGAAACGGCUGGCUGACACCGUGGUGCUGGGCGGUGGUUCCACGCUUUUCCCAGGCUUUGCUGAGCGCCUGGACCUAGAGCUAGAAGCUCAGUGCCGGAGGCACGGCUACCCGGCCCUACAGCCCCGCCUGGUGGCCAAGCCUGGGCGUGACAUGGCAGUAUGGACUGGAGGCUCCAUGGUGGCCUCCUUGCACUCUUUCCAACGCGGCUGGAUGACCCGGGCCAUGUACCAGGAGUGUGGCUCCCGGCUGGUGCACGAAGUGUUCAACUGACUGGGGGAGAGGCGGCGGCACCAGGGGCCACUACAGGGACAGAGACUCCAGGCUGCACUGCAGCUGUUCAGAGCAAGAGCACCAGAUAAAAUAAUCUCAAAUA